UAUUCCCUCACAGUAGCAGCCUGCUCCUCCUCCUCCUCCUCUUCUUCCUCUCCGUCCGACAAUGCGGGCACCAACUAAGGAUUUAUAAUUUCUUCACUCUGCAUCGUUUCUUCCUCCUCUUCCUCACGGACUGAUCCAGUGAUGUCGCCACGUCCACAGAUCUGAGCGAGCAGGUCGACCCAACAGAAGCAGGAGCUGAGAUAAAAUCCGCCCCCGACUGCGGCUCCCAGGACCGUCCCGCCGUCCGUCCCCGAACCCGACCUCCCCUCGCCCCUCUCACAGCUCCAGGGCUCUCCAAGGGUUCCUCGCCGGGUUCUCCAGGGUUCUCUGUGGUGUUCUGGAAAGCUCCAUACGCCUCGGGGCCUCGGACCUUCAUGCGUCUCCCAGCGGCAGAGUCCACCCACACCUCCACCCACCACACCACCACCACCACCACCAUGAGCUGUGAGCAGGAGUUUGGAGACGGGGCCAUGGCAGUCACGCUCACGCUGCGCCUCCUCAUGCACGGCAAGGAAGUCGGAAGCAUUAUCGGCAAGAAAGGAGAAACGGUGAAGAGAAUACGAGAAGAGAGCAGCGCCAGGAUCAACAUCUCAGAGGGCUCCUGUCCGGAGAGGAUCAUCACCAUCACGGGGCAGACGGACUGCGUGUUCAGAGCCUUCACCAUGAUCACGUUCAAACUGGAGGAGGACCUGACAGCUUUGGUCGCCAACGGCACAGUGACCAGCAAGCCUCCGGUCACCUUACGGCUCGUCAUCCCGGCCAGUCAGUGCGGCUCGCUCAUCGGAAAGGGCGGCUCCAAGAUCAAGGAGAUCAGAGAGACAACAGGUGCCCAGGUGCAGGUUGCAGGUGACCUCCUCCCAAACUCCACAGAGAGAGAGGUGACGAUAUCAGGGAGCCAGGACGCCAUCAUCCAGUGUGUGAAACUCAUCUGCACAGUAAUCCUCGAGUCUCCGCCAAAGGGAGCGACUAUCCCGUACCGACCCAGCCCGACCCCGGGAACCGUGCUGCUCGCAGGAAACCAGGUGUUCGAGGCGUCAGAUUUCGGCUCUCACCCUCUGUUCUCGGUGGCUCAGGGAGGAGUGGACCUGCAGCAGACGUACGCAGUACAGAGUCACUACGGCAUUCCACAUUCAGAGUUAGCAAAACUCCACCAGUUGUCAAUGCAGCAGCAGGGCCUCGCCCCCAUCAGCCAGUCAGCUUCACAAGUUCUACCAGGAGCGGUGGACACUAACUCCCAAACCACAUCUCAGGAGCUCCUCAUUCCAAACGAUCUGAUUGGCUCCAUCAUUGGUCGCCAGGGCACCAAGAUAAACGAGAUCCGGCAGGUUUCGGGGGCUCAGAUCAAGAUCGGCAGUCAGAUCGACAGCACCAGCGACCGCCACGUCACCAUCACCGGCACGCCGAUCGCCAUCAACCUGGCUCAGUACCUGAUUACUUCAUGUUUAGAGACCGCCAAAUCCACCGCCCAGUCCUCCUCCAUGCCGUCUCCCGUUGACCUGACCAUGAGCUUCACCCAGCCCGCCCCCCCUGCCUCGUCCUCCUCCUCCUCCCCCCUGGCAGCGAUGGGCGCCGCUCUGCCCCACGCUCAAAUGCUGGGCGCUCCCUACGCCCUCCCCCUCUCCAGCCUCCUGGGAAUGAAAUCCAUCCCUUACCUGGCACUCUCCACCCCUCCCGCCUCAGCAGCAGCGGCGGCUGCAGCCAUCGGGGCUCCCAUGUUACCCGGUUCCAUGCAGACGGCGGCGACGUCAGCCAUUCCGGUUCAGGCUCAUGCGGCGGCGGCCCUGGCGUCCUACACGGCCAAGAUCUCGUCCUCAGCCAACGGGAUGAAGAAGCCGGAGAGACAGAAGUUUGCGCCGUACUGAUGAAGGAGAGGGAACGAAAGUUUGCAUCACUGAGGUAGCUUCUGGGAACGCGGCUGGUUUUCAGACAGAAGGGCACUUUUAUUUUCCUGCUUUUACACUCUGAAUACUCUCACUUCUUUUUCCUCCUCUUCAUCUCUUUCCUGUCCUCUGACAAAGUGGGAUAAUUGGAUGAUCUCAGAUGUGAUGUGGAAGUCAUGUGCAGCAAC